GCCUGUCGUCAGUUCCGGCGAGGAGAGGCUGACGGCGAGAGGGAGCAAAAGGGAGCCCCCUCCCGGGAAAGGCGUGAGGGAAGUUCGGUGUCCCGGGGAAACGGCAUGGGGUGGCAGGGACAGUGAGGAGGGACAUCGGGGAACAGGUGCAGAGCUCUGUGUUUGACAUUUAGUGCUGCAACAUGAUCUCAGUUGACAGCUGUGUUUCAUGGUAUUACUUCCACACAAUCCAAGUCUCACAUGUGUAAAACAGAACGGGCAAGCUGUUGCUUCAUCAACUUCAGGUUCGUCAGCAGGCUUGCUCCUUUUUGUUCCUCUUCACCUUCUUUCCGCGAUUAUGAUGGUCCAAAGAACUGCUCCAAGGACACUCUGCAGGCUUCAUUUAGGAGAUCAGCAUUAGCCCACGUUCUGGGGGAAGCUCACCCAGAAUCGCAGCACUGGGUGGAUCCAAAUAAAAAAUGGUGUGGCCUGCUUUGAAAGCAAGCUGAUAUCGAACUAAGUGGGAAAACACAGAGAGGAAAUCCUGAGCUGGCAACUCAUCCAAAGCUCUGACAUUUCAGGGACCUUACCCUGUUUACAACAGAAGCUCCAGGGUCCAUAUCAACAUUGGCAAUUACCCAUGUACCCAUGAAAACCCCACAAAACACUCCAGGUGAUGAACAUGGUCACCUUCGCCUCGAAGGAUGAACUACACGUGUAGCUGUGCUGAGUUGUGGCCUGAUCCUUUUUAAAAAAAAGAAUGAGUCUUACGAACUAUAGCAGUGAGAGGUUUGACAGUGGCACGUCCCUGGUGAGUUCAGUUCCGGCCUUGGGUGCUGUCUAUUGAAGAUAAGCUGCUGAACUAAAACCAAAAUGCACCAGUGACUACAUUUUGAAUCAGAAACAUGGCGCUGUGCCCCUGCACCGUGACGAACUCUGACACCAAGCUGGAUGGAUGCCACUCUUCAGCGCCAGGCUUGAGGGUGCACCUGUACUGGUCAAGCGAAGGCCCACAGGACCUUGUUUUUACCGAGGGGGAGAUGGUUGCAGAAGACAUAUGUGUUCUGGCUGCACAGAAAUGCUCCAUUUCCCCGCUGUGCCACAACUUGUAUGCACUUUGUGACUUAAAAGAAAAUCUUUGGUUUCCUCCGAAUCAUAUCUUCAAGAUUGACAAGGACCUGUGUUUGACUCUGCACUAUCGUAUGAGGUUUUAUUUUAAGAACUGGCAUGGUAUGUCUGAAAAGGAGCCUAGGGUAUACCGAUGGACACCGAAGAGGAAUGACCAUGAGAAAUUCGACCAAGGCAGCCCUCUGUUUGACCACAUGUCGCUCAACUACAUCUUCUCACAGGGUAAACACGAUUUUGUUAACGGCAUCGCUCCUCUCAAAGAACCGCAGAAUGAGCAGGAAUUACACGUCUUCCAAAACGAGAGCCUGGGAAUGGCCGUGCUGCAUCUUUCAUACAUUGCAGUCCUGAGUGGACGCUCACUUAGCGAAGUGGCCAAGGAAAUAAGUUUUAAGGGGUGCAUCCCAAAGACAUUCCGUGCUAAAAUAGAGAGGUGUAAUGCCCUGACCAAGAUCCGGCUGAAACGUGGCUUCCGAAAGUUUGUAAGGAGCUUCCACCUGCCUGUGGUUGGUUCGGGGAAGGUGAUCCAGCAUGACAUUAUAUUCAAAUACCUGUCUACCUUGGAGAACCUUUGCACCAACUUUGGAGGCGAGGUCUUUCGUGUUUCAUAUCUGGAAGUGCUUCCAGAAAGUAGUAGGACCCCCUACAUAAACAAUCGGAAUUACCUGCAGACCACAGAGGAUAUCAUCUGCCCCACACUACCUACCCAGGAAUAUGAAGUGCUGGUGACUGGGACAGAGGGAAUUCAGUGGAGAAUACUUAAGAAGGAGCCUGCACCCCUCAAAAGGACAGGCUGGAAGAGCAAACCAGCAGACAGUGGCAGCUGCAAAUCCACUGAAAUAGUUGAGUUCACUGAGAAGCCAUGGUCGCACUUUUGUGAUUUCAAGGAGAUUACACACAUCGUCAUCUCUGACUGCAGGGUCAGUGUUCACAGACAGGAUAACAAAUGUCUGGACCUUGUACUGCCCUCACACAAACAAGCACUGUCCUUUUCAGCGCUGAUAGAUGGCUACUCUCGCCUGACCACUGACUCUCACCACUAUCUGUGUCAUGAGGUUGCUUCUCCGCGGGUUGUGCUGAGCAUCACCAGUGGCAUUCAUGGACCAAUGCAACCGCACUAUGUCACAACUAAGCUCCGACGAGAGGAGAACAAGGAAGGACUCUAUGUGCUGCGAUGGAGUGCUUUAGACUUCAAUAAGAUUAUCAUGACGGUUGUCAGUAAGGAAAAGCCUGAGUUUGAAUUAUUGAAAGGUUCUGGGAGUUUUCAAGACAUGAAGCAGUUUCAGAUUGAGAGGAAGACCCCAGACGCGUAUGUGCUGCAGGGCUGGGAGCGGUCAUUUCCCAGUGUGAAAGAGCUCCUCGAGAGUCUUAAGGGCUGCAUGCUGAAAUCGGGGAAUGAGAGCUACAUGGUCAAAAAGUGUUGUCCGCCUGUUCCACAUGAAUUCUCCAAUUUACUCAUAACGAAGAAUGUGAAAGAUAGUGAUGUGCGACCACUCACAGCGCAGUUAAAUCUGAGCCAGCUCAGCUUCCAUCAAAUAAGGAAGGAGGAAAUCAUUCAGGAGCAUCAUUUGGGCCGUGGAACGAGGAUGAAUAUCUACGCUGGUAGGUUUUGCGAGGGUGAAGUUGAGGAGGAAGAAGAGAUGGACUCUCCCUGUGGAACAAGCCACAGUGAAGCAAGGGAUAUCCGUGUGGUGUUGAAAGUUCUUGAUCCUAGUCACAGAGACAUUGCAUUGGCAUUCUUCGAGCUGGCCAGUCUGAUGAGUCAAAUCUCUCAUGCUCACCUCGCCUUCGUGCAUGGAGUCUGUGUGCGGGGCUCAGAAAAUAUACUUGUGGAAGAAUAUGUCGAAUUUGGACCUCUGGAUGUCUUGUUGCGAAAGGAGAGAGGAAAGCUGAACCCAGAGUGGAGUCUGACUGUCAUUCAGCAACUUGCUAGUGCACUGAGCUACUUGGAGGAUAAAAACAUGGUGCAUGGGAACAUUUGCUGCAAGAAUGUGCUCGUAGCGAGGAAGGGGCUGGAAGAGGGAAGCACCCCUUUCAUCAAAGUCAGUGAUCCCGGCAUCAGUUUCACCGUGCUUACUCAAGAAGAACGUGUGGAGCGAAUUCCCUGGAUCGCUCCAGAGUGUGUCCAGAAUGUGAACAAGUUAAGUCUGGGUGCUGACAAAUGGAGCUUUGGGACGACCGUGCUGGAAAUCUGCUGUAAUGGAGAGGUCCCACUGAAGGAGCGAACACUGUCUGAGAAAGAGAGAUUCUACGAGAUGAAAGGGAAACUUCCAGAACCUUCCUGUAAGGAGCUUGCUGACCUGAAUAGCCAAUGUCACAGCUACGAAGCAAACCAACGGCCAUCUUUCCGGACUAUUCUGCGGGAACUCACGAUGCUGCAACAGCAAAAUCCGGACAUUUCCUGUGAAAAUUCAGUGCCUACCGUCUCUGACCCCACUGUCUUCCAGAAACGCUACCUGAAGAAGGUCCGAGAUCUUGGAGAGGGUCACUUCGGCAAGGUGGGUCUGUACAUUUAUGACCCAUUUAAUGAUGGCACAGGGGAAGUUGUGGCAGUGAAAUCGCUGAAGUCAGAGUGUGGGGAGGAGCUCCACACAAGCUGGACACGGGAGAUCGAGAUUCUGAAAACACUGUACCACGACAACAUCGUCAAAUACAAAGGCAGCAGCAGUGAGCAAGGAGGUCAGAUUGUACAGCUGAUUAUGGAGUAUCUGCCGCUGGGCAGUCUGCGAGAUUACCUUCCAAAACACGCUGUCGGACUUGGGCAGCUUCUGCUAUUCGCAAAACAGAUUUGUCAGGGCAUGUCGUACCUCCAGUCGCAGCGGUAUGUGCAUCGUGAUCUGGCUGCCAGGAAUGUCCUGGUGGAAAAUGAGAAUGUUGUCAAGAUUGGGGACUUUGGGUUGGCCAAAGCGAUCCCUGAACACCAGGACUAUUACCGAGUGAAGGAUGAUGGAGACAGUCCUGUGUUCUGGUAUGCUGUUGACUGUCUCAAGGAAGGAAAAUUCAACUUUGCUUCUGAUGUUUGGUCGUUUGGAGUCACAUUAUAUGAACUUUUAACGUAUUGUGAAACCCGCCAGAGUCCACCAGCUAAAUUCAUUGAGAUGAUUGGAGUGACGCAUGGACAGAUGACGGUGGUACGACUGAUUGAUCUGCUGGAGAGGGGACAGCGCUUGCCUUGUCCAAAGUCUUGCCCUUUGGAGGUUUACCAGCUGAUGAACAAGUGUUGGGAAUCUGAUCCAGCUCGACGUCCCCCAUUUCAGGAGCUGAUCCCAGUCUUUCAGAAACUGUAUGAAAGAUACAAAAGGAUAGAAACUUCAAACAUUCUCCAGAAGUUAUAAACAGCAACUGCCCUGACGAACCUCUUUCUAUCCUUUUUCUCUUCUGACUUGGUAGCAGCUGAUUAUUGAGUAUUCAAUUUGAACCCCUCCCCAUCUCUGUGCAGACCACCCUGCUCGCUCACUCUCUGUGUAGCCCACCCUGCUCGCGCUCUCUCUGUGCUGACCACCCCCCUCUCUGUGUCUCUGUGCUGUCCCCACCUCUUGUUGUACUCCAGUAUAUACCCCCCCAUCCCCAUCCACCACUCUAUCUCUCUUCUGGAAGAACUUGUAUUCUUAUUGUGCAGUCAUGACCUGAAGAUGUCUUGGAGUUGUCCACAGCUAGUUGGCACUUUGUGAAGAGAUGUCACUGUGCAGUAUGUGGACAGAGAUGUACAUUUUGUACACAGCAAGGUCUGUCAAAUCCCUGAGAACAAUUAAUGUUUCUUGGCAAGGGAAUGAAUAGUGGACAGGAUGCUCGCAGAGCUUUGUAGCAACUCUUCAGCCUGGCCUAAACAAGCAAUAUGGCCUCGGAUUAAUAUAAGAUGAAAGCUUUGGUCUCUCGUCUGCAUUAUUGACAUGCUGUUAGGACUUUGCUGAACAUAAGAAGCUGAAGGAUCUAGCUGUGAAAAAGACUGUUGGUGAACAUUCAUAUUUUUAAUUCCUUCCUCUCAGAACCUCUCCAGUUUGAAUUAGUUCUGAGAUCGGAAUAAUGAGUUAUAGAUACAGGCAUUCAUUCUAUGCUUUGCAUUUAAUAUCUGUCAUAAUAUAGUCACGCAUAACUGCAGCAGUGGUUCAGGCCACUGAGUCGGAAUAAAUUUCAACUCUUUCCCUGUCAUGAAUGCCUCUCAGUACCUAAGAUUCUGAUGCUGAAACUCAGUCAGAUAUUUUACACUGUGUUGACAUUUAGUUGGGUACAAUGAUGGCUCUGAUUACAGUCACAUUAUGUUCAGAAUAACACUGGGAACCUAGUGAGUGCCCUAUCCGCUAAUGUCAGGCUGUUGAAUUAAUUUUACGUUGCAGCAUUUUGGGUCUUAUUACUAAGUGCCAGUAGACGUGUGCGUUUUGCACGUUUCUGAUUUAUUAAAUUCAUUUAGUGUGCUUCACUGCCAAGUCACGGUGUUUGCCUUGCUUCAGCUUAAAUUAGAACAAGUCAGACAUUAGCUCAGCAGCCUCAGUCCCUCGUGAGACAUUUGGAGUUGGCCUGCCUACUGAAGCCAGGGAAAUGGACAAAUACAUUCUCUCUGAACUGGUAGUGCACAGGAGGCAUUUUGCAGAAGUGCCCACACCACAGCUGCCGGUAUUAUCAAGAGCACAGGACCGAUUCUACGUGAUCUUCGAUAUCUGUACAACCGCUGAGGUGAGGGGAGAAGUUCUUGAGCCUGAAUUCACCAGACAGUGAUAGACCAGCCCUCGCGUGCUAAAGUUCUCAGUCAUUUGUACUAUUUACAGGCGUGCUCAUGUACAUACUGUCGUACAGCGUCUUCUCUGUUGGUGUUCAGACAUUUUAUGCCAAGUGACAGUGAAAAUGGAGAUGCCAGUCCUAGGGUGAUAGUUAGAUAUGCCGAAUUGUGGAGUUAGCAUGAUGUAAUGGAUGUUUAAUACUGUUUAACACUCCAAGAUCCACUCAACAGGAAAACUGCUCAGGAAUGGCCGCGAGCUGCUGCAAUAUUAUGGAAAUACAAUUAAAAUGAUCUUCGGGAGAAGUAGGAGUGGGAGAUGGGUGCAAAGUAUUUCUGCUCAUCAUUCAAGUGUCUGUCAGACUCGCUGAUUCUUGACAGUACAGUUUUCCCAUUGGAUGGUUCAGUUGUUUUGUAACUGGUUCUGAUGAUGGAGGUGGUGGUGGUCCUGAUCGUAUCACUCAGACUUUGUAUGUGUUGCCCUGUUUUCGAACAGUGCCCAAUUUCAAUGAACACUGACUUUGCCAGCCUCAGGAUAAGCAUAUCACUUUCCAGCAUGGGAGUCUCCAGGAGUGAUGACCCAAAGCCUCCUGCUUUCCUGGACGGACCGUCUCUCAUUUGAUUCAGUGCUCAUGGUAAAGACCAAUGAGGAGAGGGUGCAAUUAACAGACUGGAGUGCGACUCUCACAGCUUAUUGUUUUACAAUGUAAACGGACACAGGAAGGCACUUCUAAACAUUGAACUGUUGAUUCAACUGCUUAUAUUUACCUGUUUUAUCCAAAAUGUGUCUUCUGUGCUGAGAUACGAAGAAGCAAAUGCUAUGUCAUUGCAUUUCUGAUUUGAGUUAAUCGAGCAGCACUGAGUACAUUGGUAACUUUCUGUCACUAAGGAGCAAAGUUUGGGGGAGUUCAACACAUACCAAUUACCACUGUCAUCAUGGUGAGUUUGCUGAGUUGAGUAGGAGUGAAUAACUCUUUUUCAGAAGCUGCUGUUCAGAUCAAGAGAGUUUUCAGGUCUGUGGGAAACUGUUUGCAUUACUAUGUUGUUGAACAGGAACUCAAUUCAGGCAUGGCGACCUGAAAUAAAGAGAAUGGCAAUGUGUAUAGAUGGUUUGAACUGGACUAAAGAUGUAUAUUAAACACCAGGACACAUUACCACAUAUAGCUUAUAGGACAUUUUAAAAUUACCUUUGAUUUACCUGACCUGAGUAUGAUUGUGAAUGAUGGACAUCAUGUAUACCAUAUUACAUUAUUUGCACUUGAAUACAUGGCCAAUUUAUCGUUGAAACAGUUUCAUUCUUAUUAUGUUCAGUGAUGGACAGAGCUUACUCUAUUUUGGAAUACUUAUGUGUGUCUGUCUUUUUCUCUCUUUAGACUUUCUCAUACAUACUUGCACUUUUUAGAAAGGAUUAGGCAAGAUUCCCAGUGUCUUGCCUCACUUUUCUCUUGCUGUCUCAAAAGUAUUUAUCUUAAAGUAUCAAUGACCAUUUGUUCUCCCAGGAAUGUGAUUGAAAAUGUUGUGUGUUUAUGCCAGUCAGCAUGUUUAGCAAUUGUCUAGAGUCCUCUAUUAACCUAAUGCUUAAACUGUUUUUCUCUGAGUUUCAGCUACCUUUUCCUGGACCAUUUAUUUAUUAAUAACUGAAUUAUGUUGAACUUCAUUUAAUGAUGGAUCACAUUAAAGUAGUACCAUUUAUGCUUUUGAAUCAGAAUAUUCAUAUCUUAACACAUUUUAAAGCUUUGUACUCACUUACCGUGGUGUUACAUCAACUUGAUCAGCACCUAUUGGUCUUGUGUAAUGUUGGCACAAACCUAGUUCAACUUUGGAAAUCUCACACAUGUCCUUCUGUUGGAAUGUCUAUUAAUAGGCAUUACUUGUGUCAGCUUUGUCAGGUCAGAACAUGAUCGAAGAAGCUUUUUAGUGAUUGUUCCGUUCCAUCCUAAAAUUAGCAUGUUCCUAUUCUCGCCCAAACUCCCCAAGUGCACACGUGUGAACUAUGCCUUGUACUUUUGGAGAACAAAUGGAUUUCAUUGGUGAUUAGUUUAAACUAUGUUCUUAUCAUUUGGGAUUGUGAAUGCUGAGGUAGAAAUAAAUUGUUUUCACGUUUAGUUCUGAUUCGGGGACUUGGGUUUUUUUUAAGGAAGAUAGAGUCAUUUUUGAAUAGGGAGUUCAAAACAGUCUUUCCAAGAAAGCACGUGACUUAGGUUAAAUGGCCAGCAAGCUACAGGAGAAGGUAACUGAAAUAGUGUUCACAAAGUUGAACCUUUAUGUGGAGAAGAACAGCUGGCCACAGGCCACAGUCAGGUUUCAGUUGAGAAGAUUCUCACAUGAGCAAAGGGUCAUUGGAGCCUGUGGCAGUCUCCUGGCUGUUAGAACUGGAAGGCAGUCUGAAACUGUUCUAACAGUUCAAAUGGACAGGGCUUUUCUUCAGGUUCAGCUGGGAAAGGCUGUGAAUUAGGUGAUGUCUGUGUACCUUGAGGAGAAACUGUAACCUUUAGUGUGAUGCAGGAGGGAACAGAAGUAAACCCAUUAAUGUACUUCAAUGAGUUCAACUUCAUCAGCUAAGUAAGAAAGAGUUAAGAUAUGAGUGGUACUUUAGGGCUGAGUGGCUGUAAGAAUAUUGUUGGGGGAAAAAAGGUUGAAAUUUUUGACUUAAGAUCUUUCCAAUUAGUCUUCUAUUAUAUACAUGUAUAAAACUUAGUUUUUUUUAUUUCUUUGGUGUAAUAAAUUUAUCUUUUGUUAAAAAGUA